AUGAGGUCUGUGCUGCGAGUCUCCGGCAGCAGGAUAUUUACUCUAGUAUUUCACCUGCAUUUACCAGCGGACUAAACAUGCACGUGUUUGCUUUGCUGCUGUUCCUCAUCGCCAGGCUCUGCGCUGAAAGUCUGGAGGGGCCAACAGCGGGCUGCACAUUCGAGGAAGACUCGGACCCGGGUCUCUGUGAAUACAGACAGGCAGAGGAAGAUGAUUUUGAUUGGCAGCUGAUGCGGACCUACAGCUGGCCGCACGUGACCUCUGACCUGACACGGGGUUCUUACCUGUUGGUGAACUCCUCUCAGUACAGUCCAGGGCAGCGCGCUCAGCUCAUGUUGCGUCCUCUGAGUGAGAAUGACACGCACUGUUUGCAGUUCAGUUAUUUUCUCUACAGCCGGGACGGACACAGUCCCGGAGGUCUGAGCGUGUACGUGCGGGUGAACGGCGGUUCUCGGGGAAAUGCCGUGUGGAACGUGUCCGGCUCUCAGGGCCGGCAGUGGCAGCAGGUGGAGAUAGCCGUCAGUACCUUCUGGCCCAGCGAGUACCAGGUCGUUUUUGAAGCCACCGUCUCAUCGGAGCAGAAGGGUUACAUCGGUCUGGAUGAUAUAGUGCUGUUAAACUAUCCCUGCUAUAAAGUGCCUCAUUUCUCCAGGCUGGGGGACGUGGAGGUAAACGCAGGACAGAACGCCACAUUUCAGUGCGUGGCAACCGGACGCUCGGCCAAGACGGACCCCUUCAUGAUGGAGAGGCGUAAUGGCGUUCUCAUGUCACCGUAUUCAGUGACAUCAUCAGCAGGUGAACGGCGGUUGGUUGCAUGGUUCCAGGUAGGCGGAGUCCACCGUGGAGAACAGGACCUUUACCGAUGCAUCACUCAGUCCACAUACGGAGCCGCCGUGUCCAACUUCGCUGAACUGAUUGUCAGAGUCCCGCCCACGCCUAUAGCUCCGCCUCAGCUGCUGCGCUCAGGCCCCACCUACCUGAUCAUCCAGCUCAACACUAACUCCAUAGUUGGCGACGGGCCGGUGAUCCGCCGAGAGAUCGUGUACAGGGCCAGUCACUCACCCUGGUCCGAAACACAAGGAGUCAACUCACUGACCUAUAAAGUCUGGCACCUGGAGCCCGAUACAGAAUACCGCAUCAGCGUUCUACUUACCCGGCCCGGAGAGGGUGGAACCGGCCCACCCGGACCCCCGCUGGUCAGCAGAACCAAGUGUGCAGAGCCCAUGCGUCCUCUCAGAGGUUUGACGGCUACAGAGAUUCAGUCCCGUCAGCUUCUGCUUCAGUGGGAGCCGGUGGGCUACAACCUGACGCGCUGUCACACGUACUCUCUGUCGCUGUGCUACCGUUACUCAACCGCCACCGGGGGCGGAGCCGGGGGCAAUAACGCCACCGUGAGGGAGUGUCUGUCAGUGGAGAGGAACACCUCCCGCUUCACGCUCAGGGAUCUGCCGCCUUUCCAUGCCGUGCACGUCAGGCUGGCGCUCACCAAUCCAGAGGGCAAGAAAGAGAGCCGAGAGGUGACCUUCCAGACGGAAGAGGACAUCCCAGGAGGCAUUGCACCCGAGUCUUUAACCUUCACGCCAUUGGAUGAUAUGAUCUUUCUGAAGUGGGAGGAGCCUUUGGAGCCCAACGGUCUGAUCACGCAGUAUGAGAUCAGCUACCAAAGCAUCGAGUCAUCAGACCCUGGUAUUAAUAUGCCUGGCCCACGCCGCACCGUCUCUAAACUGAAGAACGAGACGUAUCACAUGUUCUCUGGACUUCACCCCGGGACCACCUACCUGGUGUCUGUUCGCGCCCGUACGGCCAAGGGCUUCGGCCAGACCGCCCUAACCGAAAUCACCACCAACAUCUCAGCUCCUGCCUUUGACUACGAGGACAUCCCCUCUCAACUGAGUGAAUCUGAGAGCACCAUCACAGUUCUUCUGCGUCCAGCCCUGGGAAGAGGAGCUCCUGUGAGCACAUAUCACGUGGUGGUGGUAGAGGAGGACGGCUCCAGGCAGGUGAGGAGGCGGGAGUUGGGUCACCAGGAGUGUUACCCUUCACCGUCCUCUCACGGCGAGUCUCCGGGUGGCGGAGCGAGUGGCAUACCUACUCAUUACUAAGCCGCUGAACUCCCUCCCAGCAGCCUGCCUGAGGCCACGCCUUUCACCGUCGGCGAUAACCACACCUACAACGGCUACUGGAACACACCGCUAGACCCCAGCAAGAACUAUCUCAUCUACUUCCAGGCCUCCAGUAACUUCAGAGGGGAGACCCGGAUUAACUGCAUUCGGAUCGCUCGUAAAGCGGCCUGCAAGGACCACAAGCGUGCUCUGGAGGUAUCCCAGCAUGCCGAGGACAUGGGUCUGAUCCUGGGGGCGUGUGCCGGGGGUCUGGUGGUUCUCAUCCUGCUGCUAGGAGCUAUUGUGAUUAUCGUGAAGAAAGGCAGGAAGAAGGUGAACAUAAACAAAGCGGUGAUGACGUAUCGUCAGGAGAAGAGCCGGAAGCUGGGAUCACUGGACUGCAGUACCACAGAGCACAGCACGCUUCAGCAGGACGACCGCACCGCACACACAUUCAUGGAUUCACAUAACUGCACUGCUCGCAAUGAGCAGCGCAGCACUGUAAAUGAAUCCAGCAGUCUGUUGGGUGGAUCUCCCAGAAGACACUGCAGGAGGAAAAGUUCCCCGUACCACACGGGACUGCUCCAUCCGGCUGUGAGAGUGGCCGACCUGCUUCAACACAUCAACCAGAUGAAGACAGGAGAGGGCUACGGCUUUAAACAGGAGUAUGAGAGUUUCUUUGAAGGCUGGGACAUAACUGACAAGAAGGACAAAACCAAGGGCAGACAUGACACACUGCUGGGUCAAGACCGUCACUGUGUGAAAAUGCAUUCGCUCCUGGCUGAUCCCAACUCGGACUAUGUCAAUGCAAACUACAUCGAUGGUUACCAGCGCUCCAACCAUUUCAUCGCCACACAAGGGCCCAAACAGGACAUGAUCUAUGACUUCUGGCGGAUGGUUUGGCAGGAGAACUGCUACAGCAUCGUGAUGAUCACCAAACUGGUGGAGGUGGGGAGAAUGAAAUGCUGUAAAUACUGGCCCGAUGACAGCGAGCUAUACGGAGACAUAAAAAUCACUUUAUUGAAAACAGAAACACUGGCAGAAUAUACCGUGCGCACCUUCGCCAUGGAGCGGCGGGGUUAUCCAGCCAAGCAUGAGGUCUGCCAGUUUCACUUCACAUCGUGGCCGGAGCACGGCGUCCCAUAUCACGCCACAGGACUGCUGGCCUUCCUGCGACGGGUCAAAGCCUCCACACCCCCUGACGCCGGGCCGGUGGUGGUUCACUGCAGUAUGGGUGCAGGCCGUACGGGCUGUUACAUAGUGCUGGACGUGAUGUUGGACAUGGCGGAGUGUGAAGGUGUGGUGGACAUCUACAACUGCGUGAAGACGCUCUGCUCACGACGGAUCAACAUGAUCCAGACUGAGGAGCAGUAUGUGUUCAUACAUGAUGCCAUACUGGAAGCGUGUCUGUGCGGAGAGACUUCAAUCCCCAUCAGUGAGUUCGCUCUCACGUAUAAGGACAUGGUGAGUGUGGACUCUCAGACCAACACGUCUCAGCUCAGAGAAGAGUUUCAGACUCUAAACUCGGUCACCCCUCACCUGGACGUGGAGGAGUGCAGCGUGUCUCUGCUGCCGCGUAACCGUGAGAAGAACCGCAGUAUGGACGUGCUGCCGCCCGACCGCGCGCUCGCCUUUCUGGUCUCCACCGAGGUAGACGGCAGUAACUACAUCAACGCGGCUCUGAUGGACAGUUUUCUGCAGCCGGCUGCGUUUGUGGUGACCCCCCACCCUCUGCCCACCACCACCACAGACUUCUGGAGACUUGUGUUUGACUACGGCUGUACCUCCAUCAUCAUGCUCAACCAACUCAACCAGUCUAACUCGGCCUGGCCUUGUCUUCAGUACUGGCCUGAAACAGGUAUGCAGCAGUAUGGACCCAUGACUGUAGAACUGCUCUCCAGAUCCACCGAUGAGAAUGUAGUUACUCGUCUGUUCAGGGUGAACAAUAUCACACGGUUGCAAGAAGGUCAUCUGGUCGUGCGACACUUUCAGUUCCUGCGCUGGUCGGCUUAUCGUGAAAUUCCAGACUCCAAGAAGGCUUUCCUGAACCUGCUGGCACAAGUGCAGAAGUGGCAGAGGGAAUGCGGCGACGGUCGCACUGUAGUGCACUGCCUAAACGGUGGCGGACGUAGUGGCACUUUCUGCGCUUGCACCAUGGUAAUGGAGAUGGUGCAUCAUCACAACAUGGUGGACGUGUUCUACUCGGUGAAGACUCUCCGGAACUCCAAGCCCAACAUGGUGGAGUCUAUGGAGCAGUACCGUUUCUGCUAUGAACUGGCUCUGGAGUACCUGGAGUGUUUGGAGGUCAGAUAACACCAGAGCUCAUGAGCACGAUUUGUUCCAACUUCUCCAUCUUGCCUCCGAUAUAUUUCUUUGCGCUCGAUUCGGACCCGAUGAAUGAGCCUUUCUGUCCUCUUAUGAGAAUGCACAUCUAUGUCAAGAGUGGGAAUGCCAGACUAGAAGCAUUUCUUUAACCUUCGACCUGUAUUGUCUUCUGUGCACUUUUGUUUUCCAUGUUUCUCCUCUGCGGCUCCUUUUGCCAGAUAUUCCUGCCAACCCCUUUAUGGCAUUGAUGCGAUUUUACCGACUUUGAGAUUAGUAUGUACAUCUUUGACCGUGUUACUGGCCCGACUUCUAUACCAAGCAGAAGGAAAACACGCUGCAAUCCACAAAACCGUGCAACAGCGACAAAAUGGGUGAUAUUGUGUACGUACAUUAUGUGUAUUGUUGUACACGGUGCAAUCUACUGCUUUUAACUGAAAGGAUUACUUAAAUGUGAGGAGGUGAUUCUUGAUGGAGCAUUUCUGUACAUUGAAUGACUUAAAGGUGGUGUGUCGUUUUUAUUUCAGCAUUGCGCUCCCCUGUUUUUAGUAACCAUUUUCUUCCUAGCCCAACCUUUAUAUGAAGAGACAACUAUUGUUGAGUUAGGGAAGAACAUUGUGGCUCAACAUAGCAACCAAUGACGUUUCCAAAGGCGUUAUCUGUUUUUCUGACCAAUUAAAAAUAGUUUUCAAACCAACCAGUUUUGCACUUGUUUUUGUUCAAGUCGGCACAAAAAUGACACCGCGCACCUUUAAAUCAAGAUGUAUAAACUUGAGGGUGUUAGUAUUUUGACAAGCAUGUGACAAGAAAAAAUACAAAGAUGGCUUUAGGGUUUAUUUCUUGUUUUGUGUGUAUAUUUAAUAUAUAUUUUACAAAAAUGUUUCUAGAUGUUGUCUUUAUGUGCCAACUCAUUUUUGUAUGCGUGUGUGUUUGAGAGGAGGAUCACUCAUGGAUAUGCAUGCCUGUUUCACGUUUCAUUGCAAUCCAUUGUGACCCGGUCUGCUUUGGGUUUCUAAUGCCAGGUGCCCGCUGUCAAUGUGUACAGUUAAAAAACACACACAUAUAUGAAUGAAAUAGAAAAAAAGCUACUGUGGGAAUAAAGUGAGGCACUCAACAAGAAAUUGCUUUUUAUCUUUGUAUUUAUUUGUUGUGUUUUAUUUUCUAAAUAAAGAUGUAACAUGAAAAAAUAAAACAUU